AUGUCCCCCCGGGAAGUCAAACAAGUCUGGCAAAACGACACUCCUAGCAUCUGUCCCAAAGAUUUCCUUGGAAAUUCAUUUCAGUCCGGUAAUUGGGAACACUCGCUGGACUCCUUUUUUCGCGACAGCUCGUCGUCAUACAUCUGGAGUGCUACACAAAUCAAGGCGACCGGAAAGCAUUUCGACAAUCCCCUUAGGUCUCCUCAGCCCAAGUGCCCCUGCGUACGAAAUCCGUGGCCGAUACUGAAGAUUCGCAAACCUUCGGGCGAAGAAGAAUUUCUCAACAAGCCGUGCGAUGGUUGCAGCCACGAAGCAAAGGAACUCGUAGGACCUGAUGAGUGCAGGUGCAAGACGUGCGCGUCUAAGGAUGAUGAUAAUAAGACGAGUGGCGAACUGGUUAGAGCCACCGACGAUAGCGCGGCCACGUCGAAAGCAGAAAUUGACGACAGUUCCAACGAGUAUAGCAGUCCAUCAGUUACCCCUGACUUGCCAAUCGAGGGUCCUCCUCCCGUCCUCAAUGCUGAGCCCCAAAAUCCAAUUGCCGACGGCUCUUCGACAUCCAUCAGCUCAACUGGAAAACUCAGCGAAGACGUUUCGCCUGCGUCGAACCUCGUGGAAGGUGACUCACCUUUAGACGCCACUCGACAGUGUCAGACUCCUGAGAAUGCAAACAACGAGCUAAACACGAUGGGCCCAGAUAGUUCGCUUCUGCCACUGGGUGACCCUCGACCGGCUACCACAUCCGAGGACGCAGCGCUUGAGCCAUCCUCGCAAGACCACCCUGUUUCCCCGUGUGACAUACCACUACCCCUAGAUUCCGACGAAGAUAGCAAUGGCAUGCAGGCGUCUGUAGACCCGAUCGAGGACGCAAGCGUCAACUCGACGGAAGCCACACCAAGCGCAUCUGGCUCCUCGGCUGACAUCGUGUCACUGAACGUGCACGAGGAUACCCUUUGCAGCGACGAAGACAAGGCUAAUUACCUAGCCUGUAGCUCGGCGGAAUCACCUUUUGGAAUGGUAACCUCUGAGAUCCCUGUCGACUUAUCUCUUGGUCAGACCCAUGCGACACACCACGGAUCGCCAACUCAGACAUAUUCAGAUGUGACUACUACUCCCCCGCCUCCAAGUUGUGAGCAGCGCGACGACUGCCACAUCGUCGACGCCAUGAUGGAAUCAGAUCUCCAGAUCACCGAACUUUCUGAUAUCGACGCUUCGUGGAAUCCUCAUGCGACGAAAGACAAAAAUAUCGUCGAAGUUGAAGUACGCGCUGUUAUGACCCCUUUCUCCAGCGACGAAAGCCUCAGCCUUUCCCGAGGCGAUUCCCCUUCAGAUCAUGCCUCGCGCAGCGCAGAGACACCUUAUGAGUUACGAAUGUCUAUAAACGGCAAUUCAUCAGCCAAAUUGGGUUCCCCCUAUUUCAGUAAUUUACGUCCAGGUACUGAAUACAUGGAAACGGCACCGCUACUUCUGCUCUCGGGAGGCAAUGAUGAAACGCAAGCUUCGGUCACUGAGCAAGUCCAGAAAAAUGUCCCCCAGCUUGACAACAUGGCAUUGACAACUGAAGGAGACCUCAGGUUAUCAGAGAUAGAUAAGCAAGAGGUUUCCUCUGAGCGAAAGGACGAAGUCAAGAAGAGUAGUGAUGCUUCGGACCAAGAUUCGACACCUUCCCCCUCAAUAGACCAAAUCCCCUUGAAUUCAGGAUCAGGGGACGGGAGUGCAGACCCCGACCGCACGCCUAACCCGGGUGCUAUCUCUGCGGAGGAAGAAGAUUUUGUAAGCUCCUCCGAGCCCAAUGCAGAGUCGAAACCAAACCAAGAAGUAACCCCAACGAACACUGAACCUCCUGAACAACCAGAUUCUGAAGACCCCGUCAGGAUCGAACCCCUCCAGGCCCCAAUUGAAACGACAAUUCGGGCUAGCCCUAAAUAUGCACCGCCUGUAGCUCUAAACGAGGUCUCUGCUGGGCAGCCCACCUCUUUGACACCGACCGACGUACUUGAACCAUCGGAUACAGAGGUCGUGGUUGAAUCACUCCAAAACGACGCAAAAUCUGUUACGCCUCAAAGUACCGUCUCGGAUACACACUCCGAGGGGUGUACAACCACCGAAAACGUUCUGGAAACAUCGAGUCGUAAAGAACCUGCCGUGACUCUCUCGCCUCAUCCCGACAACACAUCGACAUCGACGGAAACGACAGCUCAGCCUCCGUGUCCGGGAAUUGAAUCAUAUACUCCCCCAAAAGCGGCCUGCGAACCUCAAGUAGACUCCACGCCCAACCACGUUGUAGUACCCGAGCCUCCGAAAAAGGAAUUACCACCUUGGAAUACACGGCUAAUCGCUCAACAAUUCCCGUUCUACGACUAUCCCGAAGUUCCUUACGAAGAGUACCAGAGUAAUCUCCGCGCAAUGGUAUCUGCUGAGCUCCCAUUCUUCACAGAAAUCAUGAUACCUCCGCUCUAUAAGACCCUAAAGGAGCUUCAGAGUGAUCUACGCGCAAAGGUAUCUGCCGAGCUCCCAUUCUUCACAGAGGGCUUGAUACCCCUGCUCUACACCACUCCAAAUUAUUCGCGUAUCGAGCGACCGCAAUAUGACCCACUGUACAUCAAGGACCUGCCCAACCUCGAGGAAUUCAUUCCGAAAGAAUAUCUGCCAGACACCCUCAUCGUCCACGAUAGCGAUCAGACAACACGAAUGUACGGCCCGUACCAGAAGUCAUAUCCAUACCGCCGUCAAUACCCAAAGCGAUCACCAACUACGAAGGGACAAGGGAAAAUAGGGCAUAUAUACCUCGGCCAGGCCAACAAACUCGGGUCGGGCCACUGGUCCAACGUUUACAAAGCCUCGUUCAAACUACCGUCUCCGCUGACUGCCGCGAAUUCUCCCAACGGUCAUGUUAUCGUGGCUGCCAAGCUACAUGACGGCGGGUACGAGGCCAAGGAUCACUUGAGGAGGGAAGGAAUAAUGUACUCGCAGCUACCCGAAUGCCUCAUGCAAGACUAUUGUGGAUAUGCGACCUUCCACCGCGACGGGAAUCCUUCGUCCUGUCGCAAUCCCGUACCGCUCGGCCCCGUCGUACCGAAAUUCUAUGGGUACUACGUACCCGAAAACAACAGAGGUGGCAGUCCCAUCUUACUUCUAGAACACUGCGGAAAAUCUCUGGCCGGUCGAUCCAGCAGCAUCGCCGAAAAGGAAGAAGUUAUAUCAUUGUACGCUCGACUCCAUGAUGCUGGCUUUCUACAGGGUUCGGCGUACAGGCGCAACAUGCUCGUCCAGCCAGGGCCGCUCACUGUGGCGCCGGAGUCGAGGUCUAUGGACACACCUAGCUACAGACUCAUCGAUUUCGGUAGGGGCGAAGUGGACUACUAUUCUCGUGACGAACGAUGCGAAUAUGAAGACGCAGUCGACCACAUCUUCAACUACACCGACUACUAG